AUAGUAAUCGUGAAAAUGUAGUAUUCGGGUGUAGUAGGUCGAGUGUCGGUUGCCGAUAAUUAUUUUGGUGGUAAUAAGUAAUUGCAAUGAAGUAUUGUAAAAAUUAUAGCGUAGUCGUCGACUACAGACGAUUACGGAUGACUAAUUUUUCUUAAAUAAACCUGGUCCACAAUAAUAUUAUUGUGGACCAAAUUUAUCACGUGACUUUAGUCACUCUCAGCUGAGCUAUUUACUCUCCUCUCCUCUCCUAUCUUUUCUUACAUAUUAAUUGCUCCAAAUUACCAAAUUAAUUGUUUCCUUUAUUUUCUCAAUUAAUCUGACACUUUCUCUCUCUUCCCUUCUUCCAUUUUCUCUCUCCUCAGCUCGAGUUCUUCAAUGGUGCUACAUUUCAACGAAAACGCGGCCUCCGUUCUUCUGCUACAAAAGUCGACGAACCACAACCUUCAGGCUUGAAGAAGAAUACUAGAGCUAAAAAGAAAAAGAAUGUUGCUGAACAAGAUGUUUCCAGAGAGCUUCAUGAGCAUCAGAUUCCUGCAACUGGUUCACCUUCGUCUCGGCAAAAGAGAACUUGUGAAGAUGAACCUGAACCUUGUGUUGAACUACUGCUCCUGUUCGUGUUAAGAGGCAAAGGAUAAGAACGAAUCAAUCAACAGUUGAAGCUGGUGGUGAUGUACCUACGUAAGUAACUUUUUUUACUUUGGAGUGUUCUCAAAAAAUUAGAUUCAACAUGCAUGUUUGUGUGACUGUGCAUUAUUAUUUCUAUUUUGCAGAUUGCGACCAUUUAAAACUAAAUGUAGGCCUUUGCAAUUGGUUGACUUGAUGUCUAACUUUACUGAUGAUAAAAAAAUUUCUGUGAAUGAAAUCGGCUUUGGAGGGUUGUUAUCAUUGAAGUUGAAAAGGAAUCCUACUAGUAUGUAUAAGUGGCUAAUUGAUUGUUUUGACUGUGGUAGCUGCAUGUUUUCAAUAGACAAUAGUAAGGAGUUUGUGGUCACUGAAUAUGAUGUGUAUGAUGUAUUUUGCCUUCCUUUGAACCCUAAUAAUGUUGAGGAGAUACCUCGAUCUACUAAUAAAAGUAAUCCUGACUUUGUUUUCAAACAUAAUUGGAGGUUGAAUUUUGGGUUGGCAGAUGAAAAUGACCAAAUUUCACUUAAUUUGUUAGAGGAUAGGAUACCUACUUUAGAUCAAGGUGGAGAUGAGUUUAAGCAACUCUUUGUUAUGCAUGCAGCAUCCUCUUUUUUGGCUCCUACUUCUAACCGAACUGCUGAUCUUAGGAUUGCUAAGGCACUUGAUGAUGUUGGACAAAUUAAAAAUUUGAAUUGGUGUAAAUAUGUUCUUGAAAAACUGUGUGAAGGUGUUAAAAGUUACCAAAAAGGAGAAAUUCAAAACUGUUGUGGUUGUAUUUUGAUGUUGGAGAUUAUUUACUUUCAUAGGUUGAAAUUUAGGAAUGUUGAAUUAAGUACUUCUUUACCCUUAAUUCAACAUUGGAAUGAUCAGUUGAUUAGGGACAGAAUUAAGAAGGAAAAAUUGUUGAAAAGUUUUGGGUCAGGGAUUUUGCUAUGUGAUGUGUAUCCUAUUAGUCGUAAGCUGAAUUUUCAGGAUGCUCCUGUGGGUACUACAGAGGGAAGUGUGGGAAAUGUUGAAAAUGUUAGGGAGGGUAAUGAUGUACCUGGUACAAUACAGUUUAAUCUCCCACCGGGUUCGAUGUCAGAUCAGGAGAUCCAUUCAUCUGCUAUUGAUGUAAGGAAUAGCUGACUUUUAUUCUUUUUUUUUUUUAAUUAUUGGAUUUGAUUUCAAUAUUUAUACAUGAUUUUUUUAAUCUCUUUGCAGCCUGUUCAUGAACAAUUUUUGUUCAUAAAAAGAGAUAUGAAUGUGAUAUCUUGUUUUUAUAAUGACAAGAUAAAACAGAUUCUUCUUUCACGCCGCAAUGAGAUCCACAAUGCUCCUGGUAUUAAUGUGUCUCAGGAUGAUCUGUUUUUUUUUUUUUUGGAUCCUCAAGUUCAAUCUGUGAUUGAUGAUAUCUAUGAACUUGCUAUUUGGGUGACAAAAAAUGCCCGAGGUGUUGGACCAAGUUUCUGCAUUUGACAACAACAAGACAAAUGAAGGGAGGGAGGAAAUUAGGGGAACUUUACCUGUGAUUGGCUUUGAAAAUAUUAUUACAAAUGGAGGGUCCCGGUGUUCGAUUUCUUUUAAUUGGAAAUAUGAUGAAAGGCUUAUUGUUAUUUCACACUUUUUGAAGUCAAAUAACAAGGAAAUGAAGUUAUUGGAUCCAUUAGUCCUAGAGAUUGUUGACUAUUGCAUUAUCAAUGAUUCUUGUUUGCCUCCUAAGUAAGUAAGCUUUUGUUUGAUUACAUUGAUUUUUUUUAUUUUUUUUUUAUUUAUGAAACACUUUUUUAAUUCUUAUUUUAUAUUCUUUGACACAGUGAACUAUUGGUAUGCUUUCAUGAAAAUCAUUUUAUUCAAAGGCAAGAGUUCUACACAUUAGGAGAGCCUUCUGAAAUCAUGAGCAGUAGUAUUUUGGAUUGUUGGGCGUUGCUUCUCAAUGAAAAUCAGAAAUUUCUUAAGGAUGGACCUCGAAAAUUGUACUUUGGUUCUUCAAUUAGUGUGAGUUGUUUAAUUAUUUCAAUGUUUAUACAUGUUUUUACUUUUCACUUAUUUUUUUAUUUGUUUAAAUGUUAUGAAGGUUUCAAUAGUAGAAGUUGCCGGCAGUAAUGACAAUUCACAACUAGUGGACAAUGUAUAUCAAGAAUUGGAGGAGUGGAUGAAAAUAGCUUGUAAUAAUUUUGAUUUAUCAGAAGUGGAGCUGGUAAUACUUUCUUUUUUUGAUGCUAUGAUAAUAUAGUUCCUUUUUUUUAUGUUGUAGUUACCUUUAUUUAAAUGAGAGUGCCUAUUGAAAAUACUCUUAGAAAGUCUACAUUAUAAAUUGUUUUGGUUUCUACUGGUACUUUUUAUACAAUUGUUUUGGUAGUUGUAUUUUUUUUAUGUUGUAGGUACCUUUAUCACAAUUACAAAUGAUAUGUGUUUUUUUUAUUGCUAAUUAUGAUAUCUUUGUUGUAGAUAUUUUUACCUUGUCUUUGUGGCAAUCAUUAUUGCUUAUUUGUGGUGAAUUUGACUAAAGGAAAAAUUCAGUUUAUUGAUAAUCUGAAUUAUGAUGAGGAUGGUCGUAACUUCUUGAAAAAGUUAUCUAGUCUCUUGGUAUUACUUUCUCACUCUUCCAUAUUUUCACUAUUUUCUUGUCUAAAGGUUCUGAUAGUGAGUUUUAGUAAUUAGGAUUUGGACAAAUUUUAAACUAGUUUACAUGUUAUAAUGACUCUUAAUAGAUCAUUUAAUGUGACUGUGAUCUGAUUAUAUGAUUUUUUUGGUAGUGUGAUAUGAUCAGUACCUUCUUUGAUCAUAGACUUACUCAAUCUGG